AUGGCACAGGCCCACGACGGACCGCUGCAGCCUGCCAAGGUCUGUGCUCUGGUCCCAGCCACCAACCCGGCCUCGACCCCUGCUCAGUCCACACUAGCCCCGGCCAACAAUGGGAGCCGACGGGUCCGCCCCACCCCAACGAAAGGGGUGCCUGUCCAGAUUCCCAUCAAGUACCUGCUUUGGCUCAGGUCCAACGUCCCGACCGUGGUGAAGAGGUCUGCGGGCUCCGGCAGCGGGCGCCCUCCGAGCGAAUACGCCAGGGCCACCUCGAGGGUUCCCUUCCCCAUCUGGAAGUGUGUCCCAACUAACUGGGACUGGGGCAUGGCCAAGGCAGAGAUCAUCGAGCUUCUUGGCCCGGAGCGACCGUACCUUGCGGAAGAAUUAACCGUGUCAGAUCAAGCCGGAUUAAUCGGGAAUCAUAACUGGCAAUUGGGUCUAUGGGUGCAGCAAAAAAUACUUAAUCACGGACGACAACACCUGGGCGCCUUUUGCAUUGGCCGCGGAGCAAGCUUACCCUGCAAAGGCGGUGUGCAUCGACCUCUCCCAAGUGGCCCGGGAAGAGUCUCAGAACGCUGA